AUGGUGCAAAGUGACAAGAAGCAAUGGAAGGCCUAUGGUGGAUCUAACGAAUCGAAUCACGCUAAUGAGAGACAGCCUCUAUCCCCUCCCGAUGAUUUUUUGUCAAUAUCUGCCUCUCCGAUCGGUCAUUCGGCGAGAAUGCGCCAUCUAUCUGAAGCGGGCCAUUCUGGAUCUGAGACGGAUGCUGAUGAUUUCGUGCUCUUGGACUCAAUAUCGAAGCGAACGUUAUUCGAUCUGAUCGGCGCUCUGAAUAUAGCCUAUCCCGAUUAUGAUUUCAGUGAUGUGGUGAUGGAAGCGGUAGACAAUAAAUUUUACGCGACUGUGAAUGGCUACGCGUCUAUACGUGACGAACUCUGGUUAGCUAUCGACGCUGAAAUUCAACCAAACGAUUGUCGGAUAUACAGCUUCAAAUCGAACUAUGCUGAUGAUCCUUUCUCGGAGGACGGCUGCCUGUGGUGCUUGAAUUUCUUCUUUCACAACAAAUCUCUCAAGCGUUUGAUGAUGCUGUCCUGUCGUGCACUAUCGCAAAAUGGAGUCGCGGGCGAAUCGUUGUGGGACUUGGACGAGGAAUAA